AUGUAAAAUCACUGAACAUGUUCAGGAGGUUAUCAGUAUACAAAGAAAUAAAUUCAGUUUUGUUAUUAUACAUAAUGAAGAGUAUGAAAUCGGUUACAUUGGGAUUGUGGCGCCAAAUUUCGUCUUAUUACGAACUACUUAAGACCAUGGAAGGUCUCUCCUUGACUAUCAUGACGGCUGUUCAUCUCACCAAUGUGGAACCGGAUCAAUAUUCCCUGGCCACCUUCCAGAACUACCACAUGUCGAUGCUGGAGCAUUUACAGACUACACUACAGUACCUUCAAUUGGAGAAAAUGGUUGAAGAUAUUCAUAUUUUGGAACAAAUUCUAAAUACCUAUCAAAUAUCAAAUAUCCCCUCGUUGAUGGAAAAUGGGAUGCCGUUUACAAAGGAUGAACUGAUUCUAUAUACAAAGAAGUUACACCAGCACAUGCAUUCACUGAAAAAUGUGCAGUUGCGUCUUUGGGCUGCUGUCAAAGCUACAGCAAGGCAAGAUGUAUGGAGUGCGAGACAAACGCUCGCCGUCGGGAUCGUCAUAUUCAUCAUAGUACUGCUAGCUUCUCCCGUCUUGGUUCUGCUUUUGCGUCAUAUAGUACAGACUAUAGAGACUUUCGCUCGCUCGAUCGACACAAGCACACAGAAGCUUAUGGCAGAGAAACAAAAGAGCGACCUUCUUCUGUCGCGGAUGCUACCACUGCCAGUACUUCGGCGACUGCGAGCUCAGAGAACGGUCCCAGCGGAGGCCUUCGACGCGGUCACCAUAUUCUUCAGCGAUAUCGUGGGUUUCACAAAUAUUUCCGCCACCAGCACGCCCAUGGAAGUUAUCAAUAUGCUCAACAUGUUAUAUAAGUUAUUUGACGAGAAAAUAAUGCAAUACAACGUGUAUAAAGUAGAGACGAUUGGAGACGCAUACAUGGUGGUCUCUGGACUGCCACAGAGAAAUGGCAACCGCCAUGCUUCUGAAAUAGCUGACAUGUCAUUGUCGCUGAUGAGGAGUUUAGAGGGCGCUAAAGUGCCACACAGGCCGCAAGAACUUUUAAGGGUCCGUGCUGGAGUGAACACGGGACCAUGCGUGGCUGGAGUCGUUGGGACUACAAUGCCCAGAUAUUGCCUGUUUGGAGAUACUAUAAAUACUGCUAGCAGGAUGGAAAGUACUGGAGAACCAAUGAAAAUUCACAUAUCGUAUACGACGAAGAAGGCAUUGGACGAAAUUGGCAACUACGAGAUUGAACCACGGGGCAAGCUAGACGUGGCUGGCAAAGGCAGUAUGGAGACGUUUUGGUUGGUGGGCAAAGUGGGCGGCAUGCAGGACGAGAGCCCGCGUUGUUUGCGUCUACACGACUACGACCAGAACCUUCUUGAGUUAAUAAUAAAGUCGUGAAUCGUUUGACCAAAGUUUUUAGAAAUGAUACAAGAAUUAUUGUAAUUCCCUCAAUUUGUCGUACCUUUGUGUCACGUAUCACGGAGGCAACUGAUCGAGCAAAUUAAGCAGUGAUUAGAUGUUCAGAACACGAUCUCCGACACGAUUGUAAUGUAAAUAACUACAUAUAAGCGGCAUAGUGGAAAAAUGCAAAUCGGCACAAGAAUGAAGUGUUUUGUAUUGAUUCUGUAACCAAAUUUGUAAAAAAAUUGUUUAGAUUUCGUAUAACUCCGGAAUUUAACAAUAUAGGCUUAAGAAAGAGGAUUAAGUGUCGCUUAUUUUUUUUUACGACUUUAAACCCUUCUUUACAUGAUUUGUUUAAAAAGUAUAUAAUUACUCCUAUACACUUGGUAAUAAACAUAAUUUAUUUAAUUACAGAUAAGUAAUUAAAAAAUAAAAAAAAAUAUAUAUUUAAAGAUAAAAAAUUUCUUUGAGGUCACUGCCAGCUGGUAGGGUGCCUAGGAUACUUGCUGCAUUUCCACGCUAAAUAGCAAUGGAAAUGCGUUGACCAAAGUAUAGGCCAGUCUUCUGGUCACCAGAGGUUUCCACCAGCUGGCGUGAAAUCUCUUUGAAAAGAUUCAUGGCCUCGGGACCCCACGGACGCAGAGUUUCAACUCCAAACGCCGCAAAUAUAUAUCCAUUUCCAUCUUUGAUUUGUUUUAUUGGUGAAAUAAAUCAAGGUUUCAAAAUUAAAGGAAAAAUGGUCAAAAAAAUAAAUUUGACAGCUAUGUUUUUUUUUUCAUUAAAAAGGUAUCCAGACACGAUCAACUUAAAGUGAACUUGUUCUUUUAUAUAAUUUUUGGGCAUUCAAUGUUAUGAUGGAAAUUUCCAACAUUAUGCAAAGAAGGGUUAAAAGAUGUGUGAAAGAUCAAAUUGUUUACGUAGAACGUAUACUUAUGGGCCCUUGUUGUGAAUUAAUUAGUGAGGUGUAUGAUUUAUAGAAUUAAAUGUUUUAAGAUUUUAAUAGAUGUAUAAAUAUCGGGAUCAAAGUCAAGGUCUAGUUUAGGUGCAUGUAAAAUGUAAGCGAAUGUGUAUUCUACAUAUAUUUUUGAUGCAAAAUGUCUAUUCUAUUAAUACGUAUCUCUAUUUGUCGAUAUCAUUAUUCUAAACAUAAGUACAGAUUUAUCUAUAAAUCAUGUGAGUUUCACAAUAAAAAAAUAUUUCCAAUCAACUAUUUAUUACAUCAGAUAUAUGUAUAUUAAUGCAUCUAUUGUAUAACAUUAUAUAUAUCGUAACUGGCUUUUAACUACAACAGAAUAUCAAUGUUUUGCUUUGAAGCAAUAAACUGUUUUUGACCAUUUUGCGUUACUGUGACACAUACACACACACUCACACACGAGAGCAAAAAUUAUGUCACUUAUUUUAUGUAUUUUCCAUUUUUUGCGUAUAUUGUUAUUUGUGUGCUGUAAGUAAUGCAAAUAAAUUAUCUAUUUAUGAAGAUUUAUUAAAACAGUUAUUGCCAGUGCAAUAACUGUUUUAAUAAAUAACGAUUCAGUAAUCGUGUUAGACUAAACAAAAAGGAAUCGUUGAAUUUGUUGCUAAGUGCCAAUCUCGGGAAGAGCAACAAUAAAAUAAAAAAUGCUUUUAUUUCUUUUUAAAUACUCAUUGAAAUCCGAGGACGGUACUUAUGAAUAGAAGAACUGAUAAAUUAUUGGCCGGAAAAAAAUUACAUUUUUCUUUUUACACUAUAGACUGUCAACGGGUCGAGUCAGCUAGUUUUUAUAAUAGUUAUUAUACAUUGUAGUACUCGCAUGAUAUCUCUAAUUCCAAAAUAUAUCUAUUUUUAUAUUAUCCUCAUAAGGAUUUCUAUGUUACAUUAUUCACUUGAGCUGUAUCCAGGAAUUCAACGAAAUAAAACUCUGUAUUUUACUAUACUUUACUAUUGUUAUGUAUGAGAUGU